AUGGUCCUUCACUUGUAUGCUGAGUCGGUCGACGAGGUUUCUCAGUGCAAGAUGCAAGUGAAGCCGUGGUUCAGCACAAAAGCGUCAUGCUCGUUGCUGGUAUUAGACUGCAUUGGUGCUCGCAUUGGUGGAAGCGAAAGCGAGGUCGCUGAUCAGUGGCAUAUAAUUGACCUUUCAACACCGACAGGCUUGGUAAUUCUUCACUGCCCUGCGUUUGAAAUGCCGGGUUUGCUGACAGAGUGCUCAGGCCAGAAAAUGCUCAAGUUUUACGACUCCCCAUCGCACAUUGGGCUGUAUCUAGCCCGAGUCAACAUGACAGACGGCCAACUUCCAAGAGGUAUCCAAGGCGACGACCUGCCGCAUAAUAUGCUCGACGUUGAGUUCUGCGUGACCAAUUUGCGAACAUUGCCCGAUGAUUUUGACUUGAAGUGGCCGACGUUUUCCAGCAUAUACUUCGAGGCCAGUAAUAUGACCGAAGUGCCGGCGUCUUCGGCGAGGCUAGCCCCGUACGACGUCUCUCUAUCGUAUAACCCAAUUUCAACUGUCCCCGCCGAAUUGUUUGAAGGUAACAUGGCCUAUCUACACAUUGGCGGUACGUUGAUAUCAGAACUACCAGAAAAUGUUGAAGACGUAUUUCCUCUGGAGCAACUCCGAGUAGAUAACACCAACGUGUCCUUCUUCUGGGAUUGGAUAGAUCCUAUCGUCGAAAAUGCGGAUAUUAUUUUGUCGGAUGUAGCGGCCUCUAUCAUAGCUGCAAACACCCCGUAUUCUAUACUUUUACUCAAGUUUACUUCUCAGCCAAAGCGCAGUAGUGCCACUACUGGCUUUUUUAAAAUUGGGAUUAUGCUAUGCUUGUGGUUGGAAGUACUAAAGUUAGCCGAAGGCACUCCUACUUACACGACUUGGAUGGUUUCUACACUCAUGAACUCCUCCAUCGUCCAACCAGCCACAGCAUGGUCCUACAAACCCCGACCGUCCGAACAUGUGCGCCUUUCGUUCCGCUGGUUCGCCUUCUGGUGGAUUCUCAUUCUUGGUCUUCAUAUCAUCGUGUGCACCUACAACAUUGCGUAUGCAAUGUACUACUGGAGUUACGGCGACACCUUCUUGAGCUACGCUCUCGAAGCUAACGGCAUCGGGUUACCACGCGACUUAUUCCACGCCAUCGCGUACAUACACGUGAGCUUGGUAGCGGUGCACGGUAUCUGUGCCUUGUGGAUGGUUAUCGGCUCGCUUUGGCGACGUUCGUUGGUAUUCUCUCCGAGUAAGUCAAAGAAAAGUGGGGGUUCCUACAAGCCUGCUUCCGUGACGGCUGGUCGAAGAGGUCUACUCGGUGUGAACGGGAGGUAUUUCCACACCGUCAUCAUCGGACGAGAGCUAUUGCAGAUGACUCCCCAGACCAUACAAGCCAUUCGGAUGAGCAAGUAUCUGUCUCGCGUGCUACUGAACCGCUUUUACGUGGUUUUGGUCGCUAUCAAUUGCUGGUCAAAUUUAUUCGUUUACUCGCGCUGGUUUUGGAGGGAUGAAGCUCGUCGGCGGUUUGUAGUGAUCCUAUGUGACUGUCUGCUGAAUAUCAUGUCGACUUUAGGGGUGACCUUCAUUGUGUUUUGCAGCAAUGUUGACUUCUACCAAGCCAAGAUAAUUGGUUUCGAUUUCAGCAUGAUAGGAGACCAAGAAUGGUUCGCGCAGAUGCUCAAUGAUGCGCAGAUGGUUAUCGUCGUUUCCUGGUUUGACAUGAUGAGCCGUAUAACUUUCUCGUUGGGCCUUGUCGCCAGUGCAGCAGAUUUGAAGGAUUUACUGCGCUGUGACUCGAUACGAAGAAAUCGAAUCACCAAUGCAGGUGGAUAUGCGAUUGACCCGACCAACCCUGGUGAGGUCUUCAGAAUUGAUGAAGCUCAGAUAAUAAAUCCAACUGGCGCAUCUGGAUCUCAAGAUAAUACAAACGCUGUCAUUUUGCAAGACCUUCUUCAACAAGCCCAGCACAAGCAGAAUCGACGUAAACCUCGACGUCAUCUCGGGGUCAGAGCCAUUAAAGGUACCCACGCAGUAUUCGCUGCAUGGGGUCUGGUAGUUGUUUCGCUUCAUGUGCAUGCUGCUAUGAAGAGACCACUGUUUGAGUGUGCACCUAAGGUGCAUCCGAUGGGUAACGCACUUCCCUCUUGCUAUGUGGUCAACUUCAAUUGCUACUACCUCGGAAUUUCUGAUCGCGUGGAGCAAGUUCGACCGCAUGACAGUAACGAAAUCAGCAUAAGCCACUGUCCGGCUUUGGAAAUCCCUGAAAACUUUCAAGACUUUCAUCGAGUACAGCAAAUCGAGGUCUACAACUCCACAAUUGUGGGUUGGGAUGCUAACAGUGCAAUCACGAGCGCAAAACACCCCGCUAUGGUUGCACUGUCGCUAGUCCGCGUCAACAUGACGGAUGGUCUUCUUCCAGCUGGCAUACAGUCUCCUGACUUCCCGCCUCAUCUUCAAGAAAUCAAUUUUUCUCUCGCUCUCCUCAAGCCAACCUAUCUCAUAUUGGGAGGUAACCCGCUCGUAGAGCUUCCGCCCGAGCUCUUUGAGGCUGAAUUAGGGUAUUUGACACUGGAUCGCACAAAUCUCGUGCAGCUUCCUGAAAAUGUGUCAUCCCCGUCGACAGCGAUGUUCUAUUUGGACGUCACCAACACGAACAUAUCCUUCUUCUGGCUGUGGAUAGAUCCACUGAUUGAGGACAUGUUUGAAGGUAUGCAGCUUGUGGUUGCCGGGGGUGCUCCGUACUGUUCAGAUCUCGAUGCGAUCAUGACUGGUGCUUCUUCAGAUUGCAGUAUGCCUUACCGGACGGAAUAUUCAUCAAUUCUCAUGAACGCCUCGGAAGACAACUGGGAGACACUCGUUCAAGAUGUUGACUGCUCGUCGACGGCUGGAGUAACUCUGAUCCCAUUAGAGUCGUGGUAUGAAAUGUACAAGCUACUCGACGGAGAUGACGCAUAA